AUGGGUUCCCAGGGGACCCGAGGCAAGUCCAUACCAGGCCUCGGGGAUGGGGCAAGUUCCGGGAAGGGAAGUCGGAGGGCCAUGUCCUGCCCCUUUCGCUUUUCUCCUUUAGGUCUUGGAUCAAAUGUCACCUCCUCAGUGAGGCCUUCCCUGACCACCCUGGUUAAAAGCGCACUCCUACCCCUCCCUGCUUUAUUUUCCUCCUCCCUUAUCGUCUACCAUGUGUACCAUUUCCUCCAUAUCCUGUUUGUGCUCUCUCCCCAGUGGAAGCUCCACGAGGGCAGGGACUGUUACGCUCUAUGCACUGCUGUUCUUGAACAGUGCCUGGGCAACAAAUACAUGCUCAAGCAAUAA